AUGAUGUCGGUGUGCUGUGUUACCUGCGCCGCUUCGGAUAGUGACAGCGGGACCACGGUGCCUCGACUGGUGCCCGCGUCAGCACCACCGCCGCCGCCGCUUGCCGCGCUUGCCUUCAGCCAUGACGGCACGCGGGCGGCCUAUGCGGUGCGCCGCGGGAAGGCGCUUCCGCGAUAUGGCGACUGCGAGCAUGCGUGCUCUAUCUUUAUCGCCAACACAAACGCUCCGGCGCAUUGCCCGUCCAGCACUUGGAGCGGACCCGGCACCGCUGUCGCUCCCGUCGCGCAGUGGACGGUGCUGCAGGUUCUUUCCGGCAGUCACGACGCGCCCAUCACCGCAUUGGCGUGGUGCCCACGCACAGGUGCCCUCCUCUCUACCAGUGCGGACCGCGGCGCGUGUGUCUGGGUGCCGCGCACGGGUGCUGCUGCGGCUGCUCCAAAGGAAGCGAACUGUGCUUCUGAUGUCGAGGGUGGACGCGCGAACCCUCCGGCGGCUGCCUCAGCCGAUGUGCCGUUCUGUGCGGUGCCGCAGCUGGUCAUACUCAGCGCCGAGGUGCGCCUGUGUCCGACCUGUGUGGCCUGGAGCGCGGAAGGGACGAAGCUGUACAUCGGCACCUCUGGCGGCACCGUCGCCGUUGGCCGUUACGACGCGCGGCAUAAGUGGUGGAUCUGCCGCCUCCUCAGCGACCAUCGCCGCACUGCGCCUGUCGACCCAUCAGCUGAGGCCGCGGUACCAUCGUCCACGCGCGCGUGCUUGGUCACGGCACUGGCAGCGCAUCCUGUCGAGAACACGAGACUUGCUGUAGCGCGCCUCGAUGGCACGGUGCAAGUCCUCUCUACACACGUCAAGAGCGUGGAUGGUGCGCUGGGCAGCGCUGAACAAGGCACAAGCGGCAGCAGCGCGGGUGCAACGGCGAAGCCUUUUAAUCACGUGUACCUAUCGCACCUCCUCCCUUGCUGGGUCCACGGAGUGGCCUGGAGCCCGUCGGGGCAGCAGCUGGCGGUGGUGGGUCAUGACAGCGGUCUCCAUACGUGGGACUGGGGCCCUGUGCGAUCCUCGUCACUGGUAGGGGGGCGCAGCAGCGAUGUCGACUGCUCCGGUGCUGGCUCUGACAAGUGCAAAGCAGUGCACACAGUGACGUGGCUUCGUCAGCUGCCGCUGCUACGAUGCGAAUUCGUUUCUGAAGACGUACUCGUGGCAGCCGGAUUCGAGGGACGUCUGUACGCCUUCGAGUCGGCUGCAGCGUCAACGCAGUCGGGCGUCCAGAGACAGCGAACGUGGAAGCUGGCCCCGGAGCACGCGGCGACGCAACGGGCGGAGGGCUCAGCGCAGCUGCCGCGCCAUGAAACAGCGCAUGUGGCUGCCAACGAUAGGGAAAAGACGGCGGUUGCUUGCGGCCGGCACACUCUGCCUUCGCAGAGAGCUACUGCUGCUGCCAAGGGCAUCGUCACUCAUGAGGGUCAGCAGCAGCCAGCACGAAUUCUGGGCGAGUCGCAGGCUGCCGUCGACGAAACGCUAGUGGCCAAGUCGGUGCGUCAAGUUGCAUUAGACUUCUUCGAGCGCGGCCGUGCAGCGGCAGCUGCCGAUGGUGUUGUGGCGACAUCCGCCCGCGGGCGAUCCGCAGUCCCAGGCGCACAUAGCUCGACAGAGAACAACGCAAUGGGUGCAGCACGGGAACACGUCGCCGAGCGUCCUCCGCACACAUCGCCCAUUAGCCUGCUGAUACGCAUUCCUUCGGGCGCGAAAUCCGCCACCGCUGAGUCGAUGAACGUCACCUUUGUGUCGGCCGGCCACGACAGUCGUGUGCACCUCUGGCGAGUAUGCCACACAACCCUAACUCGCAGUAAGGACGUGCCCGUGUCCCCUGAUGGGUGA